UCUCUGUCCGUCAGCGACUGCAAUAAAUAUUUCUCUAGUGUCACUCGCCCACCCCACUGACCACCCUCUCGCUUAUAGUGUUCCCAAAGUCCACGGAUUGCGAGAGCAAACUCUCCCCGGUGUCCUAGUGACGAAGAUCCCGAGCAUCACAAGGUCGUGGCUCCUACUCAAAGAGUGCACAGUGGAAAAUUUCGUGGUGUGAGAGAAGAAAGUGUGUCAGUCUCAGAUGAGAAAGGAGUGGAAAUUCACGUGAAAAAUGGCGAAAUGCUGAAGGAUCAAGUGUGGCAAAAUUGUGGGUGUUGUGAAUGAGGUGAUUUCUGAGAGCAGCAAGCAAACUGACGCCCAGAAAAAUGACCACUACUUAUGGAAGACAGGUGUCCACGCUGGUGCAGCACCGAUCCGAGCGGUCGCCGUCGAUCAGCUCUGAAAGGACCCUCAGGGCGAUCGGACGAGUGGGCCAGGCGGUGAAUUUGGCUGUGGAGAGAUUCGUGACCGUUGGCGAGACAAUCGCGGACGACAAUCCGGAAAUCAAGCAAGACAUGUACGACGCAUGCAAAGAAGCUCGCGCUGCAGGCUCCUCCAUCGAGCGACUGUGCGAAAUCACAGCCACUGAUCCGCUCGGCUAUCCGCCGCCCGACGGGCCGCUGAGCGACCGAAGUGCCAUGAUCAGGGCCGCCAGGGCCCUUCUGAGUUCCGUCACGCGGGUCCUGCUGCUCGCGGACAUCGUGGUGGUGAAGCAACUGCUGCUGGCCAAGGACCGCGUCGCCCGAUCGCUGUGCCGCAUGGAGCAAGUGGCCAACUUCACGGAGUUCGUGAAGGCCUUCUCUGUGUUCGGUGCGGAGAUGGUGGAGCUCGCCCAUGUGACUGGCGAUCGGCAGGCAGAUCUCAAGGAGGAGCGAAGGCGAGCCCAAAUGGCUGCUGCGCGUCAAGUGCUGGAGCGAUCGACCAUGAUGCUCUUGACGUCCUCCAAAACAUGCCUUCGCCAUCCUGAGUGUCCGGAUUCUCGCGAGAAUCGCGACACUGUCUUCUGCCAGAUGCGCCGCGCCAUGGAUCUCAUCCACUACGUGGUCAAGGAUGGCGUGCUGGAGACAGUGGCUGAUAGACUGUCACCACGUGGAGCGGGUCAGGUGGACUGGGACUCCGAGAGAGCGUCCGCCUUCACGAGCUUGAAGCACUUUUCGCGCCUGGUGGAGCUUUCGAGGCCUCAGGUGACGGAGACCACGCCCAAGGUGAUCGGAAACAGUGAGAUCGUGGAGGAGGCGCCAACGCGUGAGUUGACACGCAGCAGUAGCGUUCGCGAUCGGAGAAUCGAAGCCGGAGGACGGUCUAAGAAUCGCACGUAUGCCAGCCUCGAGAGGGAACUUCUGCCGCCGGCGAGCAGGAGUGCCGAGGCUGCCAUGCUGGGCCUGUCGUCGGUUCUGGUGCCUGAGACGAGGGAUCAAUUACUAGCGGCUCUGGACAAGGUGGUGGAGAAGACGCAGGACUUCACAGAUUCGGCAUACACGACACAUGAGCACCGAGAGAACAUCCUGCUGCUGUGUGAUCGUGCCAAAUUGGAGCUGAAUCAAUUGCUGAGGAUCGCCGUGAAUACUGAACCCUUCGCCACAAACACAACGGACAUCGAUGCGGCGAUCGAGAGUGUCCAGAAUGCAGGGCAGGAUCUCAGUCAACAACUUGUGCUAGCCGUUAGUGAUCAAGUCACGGAGUUGGCGCACGUAAUCAAAGCGGGAAUCGACAUUGUGAACUCCCUCAGGAAUAUUGCCUUAAACCAGGAGUUGGAUCGACUACAGGAGUGCGCUGAUCGCUUUCACGACUACAUCGAUCACACCCUGGAAGUCUGCAAGCUGCUGCGUCACAUCGCGCUGUCGGAGACGCUACAAGUUCAGGCCAAGUUCAUGGAGAUCAACCUGAAGAUCUACGCACCGCAGGUGAUAACGGCCUCCAGGGCACUGUCGGCACAUCCCUCAAGCAAGAUCGCCAAGGAGAACCUCGAGGUGUUUGCGGACAUGUGGCAGUGGCUGGCCAGCGAUGUGUCCACGGUAUCGAAAGAGAUCAUCGAAAUGGCUCAGGCGCAGACGAAGCCGGACAAGACGGAGUACCUGAGUUUACCGCGACCUGGAAAACAUGGGACAACAUCGAAGCCGCUGAAGCCAACGAGACUGGAUCAGGAGGAGCAGGAGAAGAUCGCCAAGGCGGGUCUGGAGAUGAAGAUGCUGACGAAUGAGAUGGACGCCGAGACGGACAAGUGGAAUGGGGCCAGCGAUGAGAACAAUGAUAUUGUGAAGAGGGCCAAGAAUAUGUCUUCGAUGGCCUUCUCCAUGUAUCAGUUCACGAAGGGCGAGGGAACGCUCAGGACCACACAGGACCUCUUCACUCAGGCGGAGUAUUUCGCUGAGGAGGCCAACAGGCUGUACAAAGUCGUGCGACAAUUUUCAUAUCAGGUUCCUGCGGGGCAGCCGAAGAAGGAACUGCUGGAGCACGUGGACAAGGUGCCCACGUUCGUGCAGACGCUGCAGUUCACCGUGAAGGAUCCGACGGUGGGCAAGGCGGCCACCUUUGUCAAAGUGGACCAUGUCAUCCAAGAGACCAAGAAUCUCAUGAAUGUCAUCAACAAGGUCGUGACCACGUGCUUCGAGUGUGCCAACAAGUACAAGCUGGACUUCAGCGGACUGUCGGGAAGAGUGGCGGCCGGAAGUUCCAGAGAUGACGAGGGCGGCUCCGGAGCGGCCGGAGACUCUAAGGGCGCCACGACAAGCACCGAGGGGGGCAUGUGACAGUACGGGAUGGCUCGCAGAGCCAAAGGAGACGCCAGGCGGACUCGCGUGUCCUUUCUUCUUUUCUAAGGCGUCUUAGACAAGGAAGGAAGGGCGCGUGCGCUCUCGCGAAAGCUGCCCACGGGGAUGCUCAUCUCCGCGUGCAGAAGCCAUGGAUGGACUUAUCAGAUUUGCAUAAGAAGAAUCUCCGAAUGGAACUGACUUACGAUAAUAAGGAAAAAAAAAUUAGUACAAUAACCCAAAUUUAUGAGAUUUCUCGUGAAUACGUAAUUACGACGGCGUAAUCACCGCAGUUUUCACGUCACUUCGAUGCACCAGCGCGCUGUAGUCCUUCAGCAACACGUUAAAGUUGUCUCUAAGGUCUUUGAGUUUGCUUUAUGAUUGAGACAUGAGAAGAUAGAGCCGGUAGUCUUCCAAUUGUGUACAUAAAAUAUAUGGGCAUAGAAAACUGAAAAGGAAACAUUUAACGGCAAGCAUUUUCGCGGGAUUUUUUUUUUCUUUUAUUAUAGUGAACAUCACGUGCCAAGAGAUUCAAGUUUAGAUGCGGGUGCGAAGAACAAUCAGAUUGAUUCCUUUCCGUUACAGUUCAAAGCUUUGCUAUACUCGGAGAAAAUCGCGCAGCUAAAGCAUGGCUUCCAUUGUCAUGUUGGUUAACCAAAGUUUUUUCAGUUUUGUGUUAUGCCAAUAUUGGCUUUUUCCAAUUUCAAGAAUAUAACACAUUGUCUUGGGAAAUACUUUCCUAUUCAGGUUGUCCAAUUUGCAUAGGCGAAAAAAAAAUGGCAAAACGCUGUUGGUGUGAAAGUAGAAGGAGAAGAAAAAUCUUAAACUAAUCUAGAAAGUGAAAACAAUUCUGUGAAUUCUCUAAAAUAGAUCGUUCGAGCAGCCACUAUUUAAACAUGCAAAAAAAAAAUGUUGAAGAACAAGAAACUUUCCUAGAUGUUAUUACAAAAGUACAGCAGAAGAGAUGAAUUUUAGGGCAUAGUUUGAUAUUCAUAUAUACAGGGUGACUUGUUAGUAGACGUUAUAAUGAGAUUUGAAAUAUUGCAGUGUAGCCACAAUAUAGAAGUAUAUAUUUGAUGAGUAAUAUUAAUGUUGUCUGUUGUGAAAAAAAAGUAAUGGAAACUUGAAAUGUAUAAUUACAGAAGAUGGAAAAUGUUAAAGGUAUUUUUGAGAUGUGUGGAAAGAGAAAAGUAAUCAUUCGAUUCGAUGUGACACGAAAUCUUCUUAUGAAAUCAUUUUGAACGUUUAUUGAAAAUCAUGUAACGAUGAUAGAGAAGAUGAUUAUCCUCUUUUUAUCUCAAUAUCAAUUUAUAAUACAUAUAUUCAUGUGACGAGAGAAGAAGGUGAAAGAGAAAACUAUAUAUCGACGUAGAAACGUGUACCAUGAUGAAAAAAAAAAUGAGAUGAAAUUUAUAUACUCAAAUUAGCUUUUAUACUUGUAUAUAGAAGAACAAAAUAUUUAGUGAUGGAAAUUAUAUUUGACGAAGAUAUUUAAUAUUUUCUAUAUAAUGAAACAUUGAUGAUGUAUUUAAUAAAAUGAAUGUGUGCAUGAAUUUCUUCAAUUUUUCCGAAUAUACUUUUUUGUCAAGAGCAUUUCUCAAAGUCACUCAUCUCGAGAUGUUUCAUUUUUGGGAGAAGAAAUUUUUCAAAGAGAAAUAUGAUUAAAUGUAACUCUCAAGUUAUUAAUGAAAUCAAAUGUCAAAUUGAGUGUAUGAAAAAAAAACUUUUUCACUCUCUUCAAUUUAAUUCAAAGUUUGCGUCUUGACUUUUCUCAAAUUUAGCAAACCUGACAAACAAAACAAAUGAUAAAAGGAGACGAUUGCAAAAAAAAAUAGAAGAUGAAAAACGAGUGUAAAUACCAUUUUGCAUAACAAAUUCAAUUGAUGACGUCUAUAAGCGCUAAAAUUAAUGAAUUCAAGAAAAAAAAACACAGACGUAAAAAAUUUAAAUAGAUAUUGCAGAGAAUCGAGUGUGUUGUGAAAUAAUGGAAGAAAAUAAAAUCAUGCAAAUGAAAAUCA